AUGCAGGUGAAGCAAAACGAAAUAAAUAAUAUUCUGCAGCACGGAUCUUCAAAAGUGAAGCCAAGUCGUUCAUGUCAAGCAGUAACCAUCGCUGAAGCCCAGAACCAAGACUACAAGGCCCAGAGUUUAGAUCUCAUUCGGAUGCUAGCAAAGAAUCCGUGGAUCGCUUUGACCUCUCACAAUCGCUGGAUUCGCACACAGCGCACGGACCCGGAGCUUGAAACAGACGCUGACCAGACAGAUCCCAAAAUUACCCAAGACAGCGACGAAGAUAUUUCAACUAGCUACGAUAAUGGCGACUUAAGUUUCGAUACAGGGAAGCGGUCGGCACUGGCGACAGCUCUGAACGCCGGUCGGCGUAGAAGGCGGCCGACGCCAGCGCUCGGUAAGGCAGUCACGCCGUAUGUCGGCGUCGGUAUGCUGAACGACGUGGGUUCAUUCUUCAACACCUUGCGGGAUAAUUUAGAAACUCUGGCUUCGCUGUCGCCUCAGCAGCAGACGACCCUAUUCCACGAACCUCCGCACGUUCUCCAGGCGGCUUCUACCGAUAUGAGCGGUGGAGGGAGCGGUAUGAGGAGACUGCACGCGUUACGUCCACUGAAACCUACCGCUAACAUCAGGCAAAAGUACGUCGAUGGGUACAAGUACAACGCAGUUUCCAAUGUUACAUCUAGAAAUAUUCUUUCAAUCAAACCACCUCAAGUAAAUCUACGUUCACACGAAUAUAGAGCUAAUGAUAAAAAACAAAACGUUUUAGCGAAAAUUAUUGCAGAUUUGCACAUGUUUUACAAUUAA